AUGUUUCUGCUACCAGUUUCUGUGUUUGCUCAAACUAAUGGUAGCAUCGCAGUGGUGCUUCUCUUACUGCAACUGCAGAAGGAAACUCCUCCUCAUCAUGGCUUUCUCCAUCUGGUGAUUUUGCCUUUGGAUUUUGGCCACUUGGAAACAAUGAUAUCUUCUUGCUUUCAAUAUGUUGCACCCAAGGGGUCAACUGUGAACUUGACUGCCAACAGCGGUCUAGUGCUUAAAAGUCCUCAGGGUGAAGAGCUAUGGAAAUCUGAAACCAGUGCUGGUGUUGCCGGUGGGGUCAUGAAUGAUACAGGCAACUUUGUUCUUCAAGAUAGAAAUUCAGAAAGCUUAUGGGAGACCUUCAACAAUCACACUGAUACUAUUUUGCCUGGACAGACAUUUGAAAGAGGUGGGAAGCUUUUGUCUCGACAAUCGGAGACUAACUAUUCGAAAGGAAGGUUCCAGCUGCUUCUGCAAGAAGAUGGGAACCUUAUAAUCAGCACCAUAAACUUGCCAACAAACUUUGCCAAUGAACCUUACUAUGCAACCGACACUACCUCAGGGACUGUGGCAGGUAGUGAAGGUAAAGAACUGGUUUUCAAUGUCUCAGGCUACUUGUAUGUUCUGAGUGAGAAUGGUGGAAAGACCAAUGUUGCAGUGGGAGACGCAGUCUCAGCAAGGGACAACUAUAUUAGAGCAACUCUCAACUUUGAUGGGAUUUUUGCUCAAUAUUAUCACCCAAAGAAUUCCACUGGAAAUGUAAGCUGGAAUCUUCUGUGGUCAGAGCCAGAUGAUAUUUGCCGAAGUCAACCUGAAACCUCAGGUGUUGGUAUUUGUGGGUACAACAGUAUCUGCACUCUCAAAGAAGAUAAGAGGCCAACCUGUAAAUGCCCAAAAGGGUUCUCUUUACUUGAUCCAAAUUAUCCUUACGGGGGAUGCAAACCGGAUUUCAUACAAGGCUGUGAAGAAGACGAGCUUAGUCGCACAAAAGAUUUAUAUGAUGUUGAGAAGUUACCUCUCUCAAAUGGGAGAGUGGAUAUGAAUCUUAAUUCACAAGCCUUCAUCAAAGUCAGAAAGGAUAAUUCAACUCUACAAUUUCCUCCAAUGCCAAAUCUAGAUGAUAAAAAGACGAAGAAGAAGAGCAGUAACACUUUGAUACGCAUGGAGUCUGUAAUUCUGGCUGCCUCUAUCUUUGUUAGUUUUAUGUUUAGUGCUGCUGCUUGUCUGGGAUUUUUCUUUGUUUUCCGGAAGAAACGUGUAAGGUCUGUCGAAAAUAUUUUGGACUCAAAUUUGCUUUCUUUUAGUUACCAAGAGCUUCAAGAAGCUACAAAUGGAUUCACAGAAGAAUUAGGAAGAGGUGCCUUUGGAGUUGUUUACAAAGGGACAAUACAAAUUGGUUCUGGUGUCCAAGUGGCAGUGAAGAAGCUAAACUGUGUGAUACAAGAUGGUGAGAAGGAAUUCAAGACAGAAGUGAGCGUAAUUGGUAAGACACAUCACAAGAAUCUAGUUUGCCUGGUUGGGUAUUGUGACGAAGGGCAACAUCGAUUGCUAGUAUACGAGUUCUUAAGCAAUGGCACGUUAGCAAGUUACCUUUUUGCUGACACAAAACCCAGUUGGACGCAGAGAAUUGAAAUUGCUUGUGGAGUUGCCAAAGGACUUCUGUACUUGCAUGAAGAGUGCAGCACCCAAGUCAUCCAUUGUGAUAUAAAGCCUCAGAACAUACUGCUUGACGAUUAUUACACUGCUCGGAUCUCUGAUUUUGGAUUGGCAAAGCUUUUGAUGAUGAAUCAGAGCCACACUCAUACUGCCAUUAGAGGAACAAAAGGGUAUGUUGCCCCGGAGUGGUUCAGUAACAUGCCAAUCACUGCCAAAGUUGAUGUGUAUAGCUUUGGUGUUGUGCUGCUUGAGAUCAUUUGCUGUAGGAGAAGCAUUGAUGUGAACAAUAGCCGUGAGGAGAGAGCAAUUUUAACGGAUUGGGUCUAUGAUUGCUACUGCGGAGGAAUGUUAGAUGCCGUUCUAGUUCUAGAUAAUGAAGUUCAGGCCUUAGAUGAUAGAAUGAAGCCGGAAAAGCUUGUGAUGAUUGCUAUUUGGUGUAUUCAGGAUGACCCGUCUCUUAGACCAACUAUGAGGAAAGUUGUGCAGAUGCUUGAAGGCGUGGUGGAAGUGCAUGUUCCUCCAUGUCCAUCCCCACAUACCACCAGAACAGGCUGA